AGGCUGAUGCUGGUGGACGUGGCCGCGUGCGACGACCUCGGGAGGACCGCCUCCGCCGCGGGCACCCGCGGGCUGGCGGCUCUGAGGGCCGCGCUGCGGCCGUGCCGCCCCCUGAAGGCCGUGCGCUCGCUGUCCAACAGGAGGCAGGACUCGAUCAUCAACCUGCUCCUCGACAGCUGCGUCGGCCCCUCGGCGGGGCCAGCGCUGCUGCUCGUGCACCUGGACCCGGGCGCGCGGGGCGGAGCGGCCACGGUGGCAGGCGCGCUCGCGUUCGCGGAGAGGGUCGCGUUCCCCUCCGGCCCGCAGCGCGCGGCGGCGCCGACGUGGCCGCCGCCCGGGGUGCGCUUCCGGAACGGGCGCUACGUCGCCGCCGCGGCCGCGGGCCCGCAGGACGGCGCCGCGGCGGGGGAGCCCGAGGUCGGGCAGCCAGCGCAGGCGGCCCCGUGGGCGCAGCGGCCAGAGGAGGCGGAGGCGGAGGCGCAGCCGCGGCAGGCCGCCGAAGGUGCCCGCGCCGCAUCCAACCGGCCCUGCUGCUGGGCCUCCGCGUCUGCGCUGCGCGGCGCGCUGCAGGA